UCCACCAGUCAGCAUCCCAAAACACGAGAAGCGCCGGUGAUCCUCAAUGAGAUCCGCUCUUGUGCGCCUCCGCCUCCCCAACGUGACUUUGGUCUCCGCGCGCAAACUUCCCGGCGAACGCGCAGCAAGUCGAGCACCAUGGACGCGCCACGCGAGGCGGACCGGAGGAACUGAAGCCACCGCGCAAACUUUGUCCUGCCCGUCGACGCCACCGCGACACUUGACUGACCAUCGCGCACUUUGAGCGUGGGUUGGGUUUCUUUUUCUUCCGGCAGCUUUUCUGUCACUUUUGUUCGCGCGUCGCCGCUGCCGCGUUGGGAUUGCUUGGAUUCCGCGUUGUCUUUUUUUCUUCUUUUUUUUUUUUGUUGAUGUGCAGCCGGGGAGACGUGUAGGUUUUUGUUGUUGUCGUUGGUGUUGUUGGUGGUGUUUUUUCUCACGGGGCGGUCCGCUGUUAAGGAAGGUGACAUGCAGGUUCUCGGUUGGACCAUACUUCUGCUCUGCCAGUGGAUCCUGAGGAAGGUCCAAGGGUUGGAGAAGCAAGUGGACUUCUCAGAGUUGGGCCAAGUGGGGUCGGUGAUGAAGACUCUUCAAUAUGUCUACGGCGGAGGUUCAGUUGGAGGAACGACAGGAGGAGUGGUUAAGCCUCCAUAUCAAACCCGAAUAUUCUCCACCUCCAUCGACCAGACACCCAUGAAAUCCAAGCCACCCACUUAUAGUUUCUUUAACCCGUACGACACAACCCGAAACCAGUCCCUGCUCCUGGACCAGACAGGCUACCGCUCUAAGCGCAAGCCCUCUCUAAAGACGUCCAUGAAGACCAAGAAAAUCUUCGGCUGGGGCGACUUCUACUUCAAUGUCAAGUCCGUGAAGUUCAGCUUGUUGGUGACGGGGAAGAUCGUGGACCACAUCAAUGGGACGUUCACUGUUUACUUCCGCCACAACUCUUCAAGCCUGGGAAAUGUUUCGGUCAGUAUCGUGCCACCAACCAAAGUGGUGGAGUUUGAGGUCCUCCAGCAGCAGCAGCUGCACCCUCACACCCAGCAGGAUGUCCAGAUCCAGGAGACCCAGCAGUCCACCGUCGACCCCAAAGAGACAAAGACCUUUAACUGUCGGGUGGAGUAUGAGAAAACCAACAGAUCCAAGAAGCCCAAACCCUGCCUGUACGACCCGUCUCAGACCUGCUUCACAGAGAACACCCAAUCCCACGCUGCCUGGCUCUGUGCCAAACCCUUCAAGGUGAUCUGCAUUUUCAUCUCUUUCUUCAGCAUCGAUUACAAGCUGGUUCAAAAAGUGUGUCCGGACUACAACUUCCAAAGUGAGCAUCCUUACCUUGGAUAAGUAAGUGAGACUGAACUGAUAAGAGGAUAAAGAGACAAUGUUAAUGACAAAGAUGAUGAAUAUAAUGAUAAAGAUGGAAAUGAUAGUCAUAUUGAUUACAGAGAGGAUGCAGGGGACAGUAUUUUUUGCCUCUAAAACUGCUGUGAAUUGUGGAUUUUAAACAAGCAUAAUCAGAGUUAUGGAUGAUAAGGAUAUGACUGAUUUCUCUGAAUUAUUUUCCAACUUUGUAUUUGUUAACUUCUGUUUUUAUUUGAUAUUUUUUUCCUGUAAAUAAUGUACUCAAACCCAUCACACUUAUUGUUUUUAGAUAUUUGUUUCUCAGUGUUAUUACUUUUUUGCAGUUGGAGAUUUCAUUUGAAAACAGCUGGAAUCAGUAUUAGGCCCCUCCGAGUACAAAGUGAGCCUCUGAGGCGGCUGUGUUGUGCCAUCACUGUAUGGCAGACGUUAUUUAAUGGUAGAGUGACUGUUAAUCAUCCUCUCAGCGCUAUGUUUCAAACCCUGGAUAUUAAGAGAGUUAUAUGUAUGAGAAAUGCUAUGCUGGAUAUGCAUACAAUAUACUGUAUGAAAAAGCACAUUAA